AUGGGCUUCAACUUCCGUAACGAUAGUCUUCGCAGCAGCAUGCGAGCCAUCCUCGUGGGUAUGCUCGCGCUCUCAUGGACGACGUCCAUGUGCCAAGCAUGCGUCGAGGACUGGUACAUCUGUCCGAACGGUCGCGGUGUCGGCCGCGACCCGCUCCGCAAUUGCGAGCACUUUCCCUGCAACAUCACAUCCAACGACGCCAUCGUGCCAGCGCCGAACACCACUUGCACGGACGACCCGUUCUUCCAAGUGUGUCCUUCCGGCGACAUUGUGCUGCGAGAUUACGCUACCAACUGCACGUUCCGCCCGUGUCCACCGUUUUGUGUUAACGAGACCAUCACGUGCCCGUCGGGCGACCUCAAGCGUGCGAAUCCACUGCUGAAUUGCACCUUUGAUCCUUGUCCCGUGAUGUGUGCGACCGACACGUUCACAUGCCCGCAGACCCUGACAGUAGUCCGCCGCAGCGCCGCCUUGAACUGCAACUUUACUCCGUGCCCUCCAGUCGUGGCAUGCUCCACCGAAGCCAGGUACUGCGCCGCCACCAGGAAGUUCCAACGGCGCCGCGUCGACAUUGGCUGUGACUUUGAUCCGUGUCCCACCAUAAAGCAAACGUCGACUUAA